ACUUUGGCCAUUAGCGCUUAGCGGCUAACCGUCUCUUUUUGUACAUAAUAAUUUCACAUUUAUGCGUGUCGUCUCCCACACAGAGCGAUGUGGUUUAUUUAUUUGCUGAGUUGGCUGUCGCUGGUGAUCCAAGUCUCCUUCGUCACUCUGGCCAUCGCUGCUGGCCUGUACUACCUGGCAGAAUUAAUAGAGGAAUACACAGUCGCCACCAGCCGAAUAAUAAAGUACAUGAUCCUGUUCUCGACAGGUGUGCUGGCAGGACUGUACCUGUUUGAGGGCUUCCCUGUGCUCAUGGUGGGGGUCGGCCUCUUUACUAACCUGGUGUACUUUGGCCUCCUGCAGACAUUCCCUUACAUCCUGCUGAGCUCACCCAACUUCAUCCUCUCCUGUGUGUUGGUGGUGGUGAACCACUACAUGGCCUUCCAGUACUUCGCAGAAGAGUACUACCCCUUCUCAGAGGUGCUGGCGUACUUCACCGUCUGCCUGUGGGCGAUCCCUUUCUCUUUCUUUGUGUCGCUCUCCGCGGGGGAAAAUGUGCUUCCUUCCACAAUGCAGCAAGGAGAUGACGUGGUGUCGAAUUACUUCACAAAGGGCAAGAGAGGGAAGCGGUCCGGGAUCCUCCUCAUCUUCUCCUUCCUCAAGGAGGCGGUGCUGCCCAGCCGACAGAAGAUGUACUGAUGCGGGGACGUGGACUCGGGGUGCCGGGCUGGAGGAGGGGCGGGGGUCACUGACAACAACGGGGACACGAGGAAGGACUUGGAGUUCAUCUGCGGAUGGAACUGACAACAGUGGCCGAGCGGGGGAAAGGGAGCACAUCACGGGGACGGACCACUGAGCAGAGCUUCCUGUUAUUUGGCUAGCUGACACGUUUAUACAGGAGUGUUUGUCUGUGUCUGUCUGUCUGUCUGUACUGACUGCCAACAACAUCUUCUAAAGCCCUCUCUGGGCUUUUCUUUGUAGCUGCAAUGCUUUCUUAUUGCCAGCAGGGGAGAAUUGUUUUUACCGGUAUUAAAGUACUCUUGUAUGUCUUAAGAAUGAGUUUGGGGAAGGUUGAAUGGGGGAUAAGCUGGGCCUUCAGGCUGAAUCCUCAGAUCCUGGCGAUGGAUUUUUUUUGUUGUUGUUGCAAGAAAGAAGAUUAACAGUAACUACCAGCAAAACGCUAGUAAAUUGUGACAGCAGUUUCUUUUGCUGGUUGUCCCAAGUUUUUUUUAUUUUUUAUCUUCCACAAAAAAAAAAAAAAAAAGAAAUUUGGCUGGUGGAAAAAGUAGAGGCGGCUUAUAAAGGUUUGCCACCGGGAGAUUUUAAAACUUUGGUUUAACUUGUAAAUUGCAGCAGGGGGCGUCUCGGCGGGCUGUGUCACAUGAUUGGGAGUGAAUUGGGUCGUUGAUCGGGUUCCUCGGGGGCCAAAGAUGCUGUGCAGGGUGUGUUUUCUGGAUACUGGGGUUCAGGCGGGUGUCCAGGAAGGUGCCGCGGUCUGUCUUGGCAGCGUUGCCUUGGUUUGGUGUCCGGUGACGUGGGUCAUACCAGCUACACCCAUCACCUCGCCUCCACGAACGGUCUGCCGGGGUAGUAGGGGGGUUAUCAGCGGGGUUAUGCCGGCGUGAUUUGUUUUUGAUUUGAGGCGUUCACAAAGCACUGCCACCACACCUGGACUGUUUUUAAUGGUGUUAAAUAGUAGAGCAGUGAGUUUUCCCCACCCCGUAUUAAUCGGUUAAUCAACCUUUCACGAACGAGGGCAGGUGAAGACAGGACCCGUGUAAUGACUUCGUAAGCGGGUUAGUACCACAGGACAUAAACUGUAGAAAUGACUUCAGGAUCGGUAGAGUUGGUUUUGUGGAUCGGCUGGAAUUGUCUUUCUAAAUUGGCCGGCGGUGAUGACGUAGGUUGGUUUUCACAGGCCUGUGUGACAAAGGAGUUUUCAUUAAACUGGGCUACAAUGGCCCUUUAUGCAGUAAUAUGUUCAAGGGGAUGAAACAAACCACAGCGACUCAAUAGACGCAUGAUCCUGUGGCAUUUUCAAUUUAAAUUCCGCGAGCUGAACC